UUGUGUAGUCUGACGACAUGAAUUCCCCUCAGGAACUUGCCAGGUUUUCUGUACUGCUAUGUGGAUAUUUGUUAGCAAUGACUGAUGUGGAAUCUACAUAUGCAGACUUUAUUGCUUCAGGAAGAACAGGUAGAAGAAAUGCAUUACAUGACAUACUUGUGUCCUCUCCGGGUGGGAACUCUAGUGAACUAGCCUUAAAGUUAUCAGAGCUUGAUAUAAACAAAGCAGAAGGAGAAGGAGAUGCACAACGAAAUCCAAGUGAGCAAACCGGGGAGGCCCAAGGGGAGGCAGCAAAGCAAGAAAGCUGACAUCCGACUUUGACCGAGUGGAGCAGCUGCUGGAUGUUUUCAGACUACAGGAGUGUGCUGGAACAAAUUUGUUUCCAUGAGCAAGCUGGUAGAAAAGAAAGUGCAUGUGUCUUCACUGCUGGAACCCACUCAACAAAAUGCUAAAAAUGAGGGUACAGGCUGUGACAGAAGACAGAAUUUUCUCUACCUCUGUCAUUAGCAAUGGUUGAACGUGUAUUGAUUUUUUGGGAUAGUGUCAUCUGAUGGAUCCCUUCAUAAUGACUACUUGAUGGGAACACUUUUAGAAAGUAGAACAGGUAAAUCUUGUAGCAAAUGGCCUUUGAAAUGUCAGAGGAUCUAAUUGAGUAUCUUAAGCAAAGGCUUGUGUGAUCCUCAGAGUUUAAAAUUCUCUGGCCAAAGUGUUCGCCCAUUAAAAGAACUGUAAAGAAAGCACUGUUUUUAGAACUUUGCAUCUGUUUUACAGCUCUGUUAUUUACAAUGGGUUUUGUAUUGUACAACUUAGAUGCUCCACACUGCCCCUUCUCAACUGCUUAUGAAGAAUAUUUCUGUUACUGUGAAUUUUUCUACCACGCGUUUUGAAAGGGCUGGUUUUUUGCAUAAUGUGGUGAUGUGCACAUGAUAGAUCUAAGCAUCAACUGCUAAAUUGAUUAUGCCUAAACCUAAAUGACUCAGCAACACUAAUUUGUUACUAGAUGAGCCUUCAAAACGAUUUGUUAAUGUGAAUACUUCAGCGUGUGUUGUGUCCUUGGUACAGUUUUGCCACUCGCCUAUAGUUAGUUGCAUAUCAGAGACUCAAAUUGAAUCUUUUAUGUUAUUCUUUCCCAUUUUUCUAAUUUUACACCCAAUUUCUUAAUCUUUCUCUGAGAUAUUUUUUUAAAAUGUUAGUCCAAGUACUUUAUUGUUAUGGUAGUUUUAAGAAUACAUUUAUAACCUUAUAUGGGUUAAAAUUAAGCAAAUUCCGU